UAAGUCGUGUCAUACUCGCAGCUCGACGCUCGGCGCUUGACUGACUGAGAACUGAGUCGCGUAGAGAUCUCCUCGCGGUGCGUCCGACAACCGUUUGUUUGCCUUGCGUAGCGGUGAAUAAGUGGUGAGUGUGGUGUUUUUCAGCCUACACAGAUUCACUUCAGAACAUUAUUGGCUUAAUUCUUUCAACAAUGUCUUCAACCAUAACUUGCGGUAUUUUAACAGUUAGCGAUUCAUGUUUUAAAAAGGAAAAAGAAGAUACUUCCGGCAGAGAAUUAGAGCGCGCUUUCCGGGAAACUUUUCCCACUUUGAAAAUCACCCACACAGACAUAAUUCCUGAUGAUCGGGACCAAAUAAUCAAUAAACUCAACAAGUGGGUGGAAGAAAAAUGCAACAUCAUUUUGACAACUGGCGGAACUGGAUUUUCUCCGAGAGACGUAACCCCGGAAGCAACACGAUCUGUGAUCGAAAAGGAAGCACCGGGGAUUGCUUACGCCAUGAUCACAAAAAGUCUAGCCAUCACUCCUAUGGCGAUGCUUUCACGAGCUAUAGCCGGCAUCAAAGCCAAUUCAUUGAUCGUGAACCUCCCAGGGAGUGCAAAGGGGGCAGUUGAGUGUUUUUCUUUCAUUCAGGAAUGUAUCCCCCACGCUGUAGCGCUAAUAACAGAUAAUACAGAAGCAGUAACUAAAAAACACAGAGAAGUUCAGAAGAGGGUGAGGUUUAUCGACGGUUGUGGUUCGAGUAAAGUUGUUACAGACAAUGUGGCGGAAAGGCCGAGAGAAUCUACUUAUGCUAUGCUUGAAGUAGCUGAAGCGUUAGAGCUGAUUUUGAAGGAAAGUGAAAUUUCUGUCAAGAAAGAACGAAUAGCGAUAGAAAAUGCGCUUUUCAGAGUGUUGGCAGAAGACGUGUUGUCUUUUGAUGACGUUCCACCAUUUGAUGCUUCCAUUAAGGACGGAUACGCUGUUCUUGCAGCUGAUGGUGAUGGACCUCGGAGGGUUCGAACUGCCUUAGGAGCUGGAGAUGCUCCCAACACUUCUCCUUUGCAACCUGGUGAAGCGAUCCGUAUUGGGACCGGCGCUCCCAUCCCCCCAGGAGCUGAUGCAGUCAUUCAAGUAGAAGAUACGAGCGUUUUGAAGAAAAACAAAGGGGAAGAAAUUGAAAUUAAUGUUAACAAAGCUCCGGUCAAGGGUCAAGAUAUUAGACGUAUGGGCUGUGAUGUUGCUAAAAAUACAGUCGUUUUGAUGAACGGCGAACGUUUAAAAGCUCCACAUGUUGGAGUUUUGGCAGCUGUGGGAAAAUCAACAGUUACAGUCCACAAGCCAGUCUCCGUUGGAAUUUUUACAACAGGGAAUGAAUUGAAAGAGCAUUACGAGGAGUUACAACCUGGCCAAAUUCGUGACAGUAACAGACUGGCUUUAAUUAAUCUUCUAAAGGAAUAUCAUUACGACUGUGACGAUUACGGAAUAAUUAGAGAUGAUCCGGAUACCAUCAAAAAGGCUAUCGCGACCGCUUUGACUAUCGAUGAUAUCCUGAUUACAACAGGUGGAGUGUCGAUGGGGGAAUUUGACUUUAUAAAGAGAGUAUUAAUUGAGGACUUUAACGCGACUAUUCAUUUCGGUCGUGUCAACAUGAAACCAGGUAAACCCACAACGUUUGCCACUUUAAUGUACGAAGGUGAAAAGAAGAUUGUUUUCGGAUUACCAGGAAAUCCGGUGUCGGCUAGUGUAACAUGUUUACUGUUUGUAAUUCCACUCUUACGUCACUUGGAAGGUGCCAAUGUGUGGCAGUGGCCGACCAUCCCCUAUGUUGUGUCCGUUAAAAAACAAAGCACUGAUGCUCGACCUGAGUAUGUGAGAGCAGUGGUGUCUUACGUCAAUGGGAAAAUUGUGGCUGAGCCUAAUGGGGGGCAAAUUAGCAGUCGAUUGAACAGCUUAGUCGGCGCUAAUGGCUUAAUUUUAAUGCCGCCGUCGAUGAUUCCCACGAGGGAGUACCUUUCGCAUAUUAUUCUUAUUGGAAAUCUCCAAACAUAGGCUAAAAUUCCAUCCUCACAAUUUUGUCGAGGGAACUGUUUUUUCACAUUAUUUCAUUUUUACAAUGAUUUUCUCUUAUUUUGAUUGAUUUUUUCGAAUACACUGUUUCUGCAUA